GGUAGGCCUGCCUGUCCGUCAAACUCAAUCCGGAAUUCUCAGUUUAAAGAGAAACUUCGUGAAAGAGACGUGAGGAGAUUCGAAAACGCAAUUUCCAGGACAUUUCCCAGUCACAUGGUCUCAGUCAACAAUGUCAGAAAACUCAAACAGUAAUGGAUCCAACUCUAGUUGGACCAUGGUUAGCCCAGAGGAUUCUGCAGCAGAAACUGAGAGCUCUGGAGACAAUGGCAUAGAAAGUCUUUCUGCUGAAACAGUAGCAGAAUUUCCAACUAGUUCCGAACUGGAGUCAUUGCUCCCACAUACAGAACAGCUAUCAUCAUUUGAAGAUCAGCCGGUGAAGAAGGUCUUGCUGGAAAAAGGAGGUGCAGAAAGUGAAACAUUUGAAAAAAAACUUACUCAGGAAGAAUCAAAUGUUGUUAACAUCCCUCAGUCUAUUGGCUGUCUUGAGGAAGAUGAAGAGGAGGGGGAGAUUGGCCAAAAGUCUGGCGCAGCACACAAAAUGGCUAACAUUGGCAAACAAGCAGUGCGGUUGGUGAUCCCAUUGGUACAGACUGUGUCUUUGGAUGGCAUCUGCAGAUGGGGGAAGCGGCUGAUUGGACACAAAGCUGCCGGAGAAGAUUUGGAUGAGUUGAGCUCAAGUAGUGAGGAGAGUGGAAACACCGUACGGAAGAGACGUGGUACUGAAGUGAAGUCCCCAACUGGGGCCGACUUCAUUGAGAGAGGCCAGCAUGAAGUACGUGUGGAUCAGGAGCAGUGGUGGGAUGGACUUACUCUGAACAAGUGUAUCAUUGGUGCGUUAGUUCUUCUUGGUUUGGGAGUAGUUUUGUUUUCAGGUUCCUAUACUGAAAUUGAGGAUGAUGAGGGGCUGGAGACAGAGGAACUGAAACAGGAGGCGUUAUCCCAGACUCUGGAUUGGCAAAACAUAAAUAUGGAACAACUUCAAGAAGACCCACAGGCACUGCAGACAUUGACAAAAUUGUUGGACAAAUUGGCUAAAGAAAACCAGCAGAUACGUCUCAUGCAGGCACAGCUCCAAACGGAGAAAGAAGAACUACAAACUGUGCUGGAGAAAACUGAAGCCACCAUGCAAUGCCCUGAACUUGUUCAGAAGAACACUCAGCUCAUGCAGAAAGUGCAGUUGUUGCCUGCCCUCCAGGAAGAGGUAGAGAUUCUACGACAGAAGGUGACUGAAUUUAAUGUCACAGGUAGUACUUCUUCCCUGUUAAACAUAACCCUGGAGUCUGAGAACCGAAGACUGGCAGAGGAACUAAAGAUUGAAAAGGAAAAAACCUCUGCAUUGCUGAAUCAGAAGGAGACCUUAGUGGCCGAGACACUGAUGUUAAGACAAGAGCUUGAUAAACAAAGAAAGCUUCUAGAGAGCAUGAGAACAGAGUUGGAAGGCCUGGUUGGAAAUUCAAAUGCCACUUACACAGAAGGAGAAAGAACGGUUAGAGGAACACGAAUUAGAGAGAGCUUAGUGGAACUGGAGAAGAGACUGGCUUUGGAGCUUCAACAUUCUGAAAAACUGAAGGAUAAAAAAUAUAGCCCUCACACACAGUUGCAUCAUGAUCAGAAAAAAGAGAUGAAAAAUAAGAUUGAGAUGGCUGGGGCAGGUAAAGUACAUGAAUGGAAGGAAAUGGGAGACAAGAACGAUUUUAGAAAGAAAGAAGGGCACGUAGAAGGCCUGCUGAAUGAAAAAGAGAACAAGUGGAAGACUAAGAAGGAAGAUGAAUGGAAAAUGAGGAAAGAAGGGGAGUGGAAGACAAGGAAAGAAAGGAAUAUAAAGAGAGAAGAUGAGGAAACUUGGAAAGAUAGAAAGGAAUAUAAUUUGCACAAAACUGAGCAUAAACAUGUACAUUCACAAUGGAAUAAAGAAAACAAACCACGGGGAGAGGACAAGGGUGACAUGCAUAAAGUUAAAAGGCACUGGGAAACUCCUGGAGAAGGAGCAGCCAGACCUGAUCAUCGUCAUCAUGAGCAUAACAAGUUCUGGAAAAAUGAUGGAGAGCGUAAGAAGCAUUAUCGAGCACCAGAAGGCUGCACAGGCAUUGAGGAAUGUGCUCUCAAGGAAGGCAUGGAGCACUUCAAGACCUCACUGAAGCCUGUCCAACAACAAGACUUCGGGAAAAUACUUGGUACCUAUCUUGAGAAGGUGAAAGAUCAAAUCAGCAGACAAGAGCUGGAGAAGUUCUCGGAUGGAUUCUUUGAGAAUGGUGUCUUUGUUCAUGAUCGGAUGUUUUUCCGAGAUUUUGUUGAAGACGUUGAGGAAAUGCUUGAAGAUAUAAUCGAGAGACAGGGAGGAAAAGAUGAUGAGAUUGAAGAAUUUGACGAGGAGGUCUUACACCAUUUCCUCGGUGUUGAACGUGGCAAAAACAGGCACAACAUGAAGGUAAAGAUGAAGAAACCGUGGCAGCAGCAGCAUCACAACAAACCACACAAAAAACAGAAAGAUGGGAUGAAGAAGCACUUCUAUAAAGAUAAGCGAGAGAAAUACCAAGAGGACUGGCCUCACAAGAGGAAGCGCUGGGAGUGGCAUGGGGCCUCAGUGAGCCACCAUCCAAGACAUUAAAAACAAAAAAACAAUCUAAAUAAAUAUAUAUAAUAAUAAUAAGGAGGCCCGUCAAUACAAAUGUGACGUCCUGCUGCUGUUACCUGCUGCAUCUUGAGGGUAUUUAUUAUGUGGGAGUGUUGUGUAUGAGUGAGAACAUUUGUAAAUCACAGCAAAACAAAAGAAAUGAUUAUUAAGUAGUGCCAAAUUUUUCAAAGAAGUGAAAACUAAUUUCAUAUCCUACUGUAUAGAAUUAAAGUUUGGUUUGUAUUAAUUACAAAGCACUUUUUCCAGUGACGACUAUUGUGAAUAUGUUUUUUAGAGAGUGUACUUGAAUGGAAUAUUCUCACAAGUGAGAUGUGAAAUUUUACGUCUCGAGUUCUGACCAGUCACUGCUAAUGUUGGAAAAGGCCGCAGGUGAAGUUCUGAAGAAACAGAAAUAGAGAUGUAUAUUUACAGUGCUUUGGGUAGUUAAAAUGCUACAGCGUACACUUUAUUUUCAGUCUUGAGUUAAACUAAAUGUUAGAUGCCUUUUUUGUGUUGUUUUUUCAGGAUGAACGGAAAGCAAAAUGCUGUUUCGAGUUAAUUUGAUGACUUAUGAAAAGCAUCCAUACAAUGUAUUUAUAUUUUUAUUUUGGUUCUGAUGAUAAAGGGUGGGGUAAGAAAGAAUGUUUAUGAAAUUCCCAAAUGGCUCAAAUGUGUGGUAUUUUUAUUUUGGCUUUGAUGGAGGGCAAAACAAUGCCAUUUAAUUUUCUCUGCUUUAUUUUCAUUUGUGUUAGAAUAGAUGAAUCAGCAAAGAACCAAAUUAAUCAGAUCUUGGGCCUAAAAGUGUGAAACUGUUGAAGUGGUUUCCCCUGAAAACCCCUCGACUAAAAGUGACCACAGUCUCGGUCCUCAAAACUCUGCACAUUCACAGAUUUGUCAGAAAUGGUAAAUUACUUCUGGCAGCUUUUCAUAUUCCAGCAGGUGAGACUUGUAUGCUUUGUCCCAGCUUCAAUAUUCAGUUUCAAGUUAUAUUUUUGUAUUGUGUUUUUUGGUAGUACUUUGCUUUUCUAAGUUUUCAGUAGUAUGCCAGCCUGCUCACUAGUUGUAGGCUUAGGUUUAUAAGCCAGUGGGAAAUGGCAGUCAAAUUAAAAGGGGGCACAGUGGCAUGGACUGAACAUAUCACAUAUUCUCCAAUUUCCAGUUUUAUUGAAAUAGCCAUUUAAAAUUUUCAACAAUCUACCAGUCACUUUAGUUAAGUCUAAGAAGCUGACCGUACCAUCUGGUUAAGUUCUCCGCUUCAUUCCCAGUUGAGCUGUGCCCUGUGCAUGUUGCUGUCAGGGUUGGGUUCUUCCCUUUCAAGAACCAUAUGCUGUAGAUAUUUCUGAUGUGUAAUUUCCUGCUCUGGGAACAUAUUAAAAUGCUUUGUUGUACUGAAUUGAAUAUUAACUUGUUGACAAGACACAUUUGUUUUUAUUUGCUAUUUCAAAUUAUACUUUCUUCACUCUAAUAAGUCAUUUCUUUCCAUGUUGCAUUUUGAAAUCUUAUUUAUUUUUUUCCUUCUCAACUCUGCCUAUUUUUGUUAAGCAACACUGAAAAUAAAGGUUUGGGGAAAAAUGA